AUACUUUUUGGCAUUCCAUACAUAAAUACAUGAGCAGAGAUUUUCAGAUCAGCAGAAUUUAGGCCCGAGAGCUGGAACAGUUAUUCAUCUAUCAUAAACAUGGCACAAGCUUUUGUAGAUGCUGCGAUUCGUGACAACAAGGUUGUCAUGUUUUCCAAGACAUAUUGUCCCUACUGCAAGAUGGCAAAGUCUGCCCUGAAUAGUGCUGGCCUGAAGAAUUACAAAGUGAUUGAGUUGGAAAACCAUUCCAUGUGUGAUCAAAUUCAGGAUUACUUGCUGAAAUUGACAAAAGCUCGAUCGGUACCCCGUGUGUUCAUUGGCGGGAAGUGCAUUGGUGGAGGCUCUGAAACCAAGGCUCUGCAGGACCAAGGGAAACUGACCGAGAUGCUCAAAGACACUGGUGCAAUGUAAGGUGCCUUAGAGCACUGUUUCCUGAAGCCUCUUGUCAGUAAUGUUCACAUGCUCUCAGCUCUCAACCAAUGAGAUCCAAGGAUUUGAGUAGCUUAUAACUGUUGUCAAUGAGAUUCACUGACAGAUUGCUACAUGAAAAGCUCCCCAGUUCGGCAUUUUUCAACCUCUCUCUACUGGUGUGUGAUAUUAUGUGGUAUUUAUCUAGUAUUAUAUCAAUAGGUAGCGUAGUAUAACUUUUUCUUUUUAUCCACCUUCCACGAUUUUAUCAAAUGGCAUUCCUUGUAACAUGAAAUAAGUCUGCAAGCACAGACUCAAUUUUGACAUUUUAACCAGUUAUACUAUGUCUCUUUAUUAAGUGAAGAGUAGACUCCAAACUCUGUAUAGUGAAUCUAGUCUCACAACUCCAGACUCUGCAAUACGCACUAUGCGAAUUAUGAAAACCAAAGGUCUGUGCCUGCAGACUAUUACAUAAAAUAUCAUUUGUGAAAUUAAUUGUAUCAGUAAUAAAGUCUAUGGACAAAGAGUUGCAAUGAAAUUUAAAUGUAUGUAUUGAUUGUAUUUCUUCAUGUAUAUGUAACAGGUACCAGAAGUGUUUCAGCUUUCCCAAUGAAUUGUUUGGAGACAGAGAAUGUUGUUUGAUAAAUUUACUUCCCUAGGCAGUACAAAGUAAUUCACAGAAAUGCACAAUCAUAUAUACUAUUUAUGAUUUUUUUAAUUUGUUUUACAAUUGUAUUAUCAUUGAUCCAAUAGACAAUUGAUGAUUUCAUGCUUAAUUUAUUAC